AACGUGGACGGUACGUCGGAAAAGCCGGAUACUUACUUCCUUAGUGGACUGCAGACUGGACUCUUGUGUUCCUGUGGCCUCGUCGAAUGUUAGUAGUGUGCUCUGGUGUGUAGAAAGUACGACGGAGUCCAUUAAACCGAACGUGGUGCUCAACGGGAAAAUAGUGUGAUUUUGCGAAAAACAGGCGGCAGCAGGUGCGGACGAGAGUGCAAAUGGCUCUGGAAACCGAAAAUGUGCAAUCUACUGCCGGGAGUGUAGAAGUUUCAGUAGGCUUAGACGGAAGUGCCUCAACAACAUCGACCGGUGCUGGAGCGGAGACCGCUGGGAAAAAGAAAGGAAAUUCCAAGAACAGAAAACACAAUGGAAAAGCCAAAUCGCCACCGGUGGCGAACGGUCAUGCAGGAGAGAAUGGACUGAAUGGUCACAUCAGUGCGGACGAAUCGGAACCUGCCUCGACCGCGACGAAUGGGGUCGACGGAGGUAAAGCAAAUGCCGGUGUGGCAGGUGGUGGGGGAGGUUCAAACAGCAACGAAAGUGGUGAUGAUGGUGGCAAAGGUGCUUCCAGCGCGGAGGACGAAAUGUUGAAGUUGAUGCAGGAAACCGGCUUUACGGUGCAGAUAUUGUCCCCGGGCGUGGAAUCGCUCUCGAUCCAGGUAUCGAGUAUGGAGCUGGUGCAGGAAAUUCAUCAGCUGCUGAUGGACCGCGAGGACACAUGCCACCGAACUUGUUUUUCGCUGCAGCUCGACGGCGUUACGUUGGAUAAUUUUGCCGAGCUGAAGAACAUCGAGGGCCUGAAGGAGGGCUCCGUGAUUAGAGUGGUGGAGGAGCCGUACACAAUGCGUGAGGCACGCAUUCACGUGCGCCACGUGCGCGACCUGUUGAAAUCGCUUGAUCCGGCCGACGCGUACAAUGGAGUCGACUGCAGUUCGUUGACCUUCCUGAACACGAUCACCGCCGGGGAUAUUAUGGAGAAGAAGAAGCUGCGCCAGGAUAGUGUCGAUUGUACGCCGCCGGACUUUAUCAUGCCCGGUGCGAAGGAACGUCCACUGUUGCCGUUGCAACCGGGGACGGGGAAAAAGGGAACGCCGCAGCCACUAAAGGUGCUCACGACAUCGGCCUGGAAUCCGCCGCCCGGGCCUCGAAAACUGCACGGAGAUUUGAUGUACUUGUACGUGGUGACGAUGGAGGAUACACGAUUCCACAUUUCCGCGUGCCCUCGCGGGUUCUACGUGAACCAGUCGACGGACGAUGCGUUUGAUCCGCGGCCGGCCAAUCCCUGCUACCUUUCGCACUCACUGAUCGACUUGUUGACGCAGAUUUCGCCCACCUUCCGGCGUUGCUUCGCGCAGAUGCAAAAGAAGCGCACCCAGCGGCAUCCGUUCGAGCGCGUAACAACGCCCUACCAGGUGUACACGUGGACGGCUCCGGCCCUAGAGCACACCAUCGAUGCCAUCCGUGCCGAGGACACGUUCUCAUCGAAACUCGGCUACGAAGAGCACAUCCCUGGGCAGACGCGUGACUGGAACGAGGAGCUGCAGACGACCCGGGAGCUCCCACGGGCGACCCUUCCGGAGCGUUUGUUGCGCGAGCGGGCAAUCUUCAAGGUGCACAGUGAUUUUGUGACGGCGGCAACGCGCGGCGCCAUGGCCGUGAUCGAUGGCAAUGUGAUGGCAAUCAACCCGGGCGAGGACGCCAAGAUGCAGAUGUUCAUCUGGAACAAUAUUUUCUUCUCGCUCGGCUUUGACGUGCGUGACCACUACAAGGAGCUAGGCGGGGAUGCGGCCGCCUUCGUUGCACCACGCAACGAUUUGCACGGUGUGCGCGUGUACAGUGCGGUCGACGUGGAGGGCCUCUACACGCUCGGGACGGUCGUUAUCGACUACCGUGGAUACCGCGUGACGGCGCAAUCGAUCAUUCCGGGCAUCCUCGAGCGCGAGCAGGAACAGUCGGUUGUGUACGGAUCGAUCGAUUUCGGCAAGACGGUGCUAUCGCAUCCAAAGUAUCUCGAGCUGCUAAACAGCGCCGGAAAGCAUCUGAAAAUUCUGCCCCACAGCGUGCUGAACGACAAGGAAGAACCGAUCGAGCUGUGCUCGUCGGUGGAGUGCAAGGGUAUCAUCGGUAACGAUGGCCGGCAUUACAUCCUCGACCUGUUGCGCACCUUCCCGCCGGAUGUAAAUUUCCUGCCCCUACCGGACGCUGAGGAAGCGAUCGGUAAGGAGAGCCAAUCGAUGGGUUUCCCGAUCGAGCAUCGGCACAAGCUGUGCUGCUUGCGCCAGGAAUUGCUGGAGGCGUUCGUUGAGAACCGCUACCUGAUGUUCAUGAAGCAUGCGGCGCUACAGUUACAGCAGUGCGUGAAGAAGAAGCAGGAUCAAAAGGCACAAGCUGCCCAAGCGGCUGCCGCUGCAGCAGCGGUAAAGUCUUCCGAGGAAAAGAAAUCCCCAGAACCGGAGGGUGGUGAGAAAGCGCCACAAACCGCCGAAGCGGCGGAUUCGUCAGAGAAAAAGGAGGAACCGGUGAAAUCGGGUGAGAAAGCACCCGCGAAACCAUCGACUGUGCCUACGGUUAUCCCGAAAGCGGACAGUGAUGAGGCGAAGAAACUCGUCGAAUCGUUGAUUUCUAGCGAAGAAAAGAACGAAAGCAAGGAACUGUUGAAGCGCGCUUGCGAAGCAGUCGGUUCGCUGAAGGAGUACGAGUUCGAUGUCCGCUUCAAUCCCGACGUUUACUCGCCCGGUAUCCGGCACGUUGAUGAGCCAGCCGGUGCCAAUUCGCUGCGCAAGCAGAAGCAGCUGGUGAAGGAUGCGGCCGAGUUCCUGGUGAAGCAUCAGAUUCCGAGCUUCGUGCACGAAUGCCUGGACCAUUCGUCGGCGCCGAUGGAUGGAGUGACGCUCACCGAGUCGCUGCACAGUCGCGGCAUUAACGUGCGCUAUCUGGGCAAGGUGGUUGACUUGCUGGCCAAGAUCCGGCAGCUGGAAUAUUUGCACACGAUCGCCGUGUCGGAGCUGAUUGUCCGCGCGGCGAAGCAUAUCUUCAUCACGUACUUGCAGCAAACGGACAUGAUGAGCAUGGCGGCCGCCAUAAGCCAUUUUCUGAACUGUUUCCUCACCGUUUCCACCAACGGAUAUACCUCCGGAUCUGGAAAUGGUGCACUGGACGAAUUCGGUUCGAAGUACGGCGGCAAGAAGCAGGGCAAGGUGAACAGGCGAGGUGGGAAGGGAGGAAUUGGAGUGGGCGGUGGAAGGGCCAUUUUCCAGGCGCCCCUGGCCGACAAUAACGAGUGGCAAUCGCUCACAUCGAAGGUGCUGUGGGGUCAGAUUCGGCAGGAGUUGAAAUCAUACUGGGGCUAUGACCUGGUGGUCCCCUCGACGGAUGGCAAAUCCAGUGGCAGCGGACAGCAAGUGAUCGAGUCGAUUGAACCGCUGAUCGGUGCUUUCAAGCUGCAGAAGAUCAGUGUUCUGCGUGCGUUCUGCCUCAAGGUAGGCGUCCAGAUUAUGCUGCAGGAGUACAACUUCGAGCAGAAGAACAAACCGACCUUCACCGAUGCGGACAUUGUGAACGUGUUCCCGGUGGUGAAGCACAUCAACCCGAGGGCCACGGAUGCGUACAACUUCUACACGACGGGACAAACGAAGAUCCAGCAGGGCUAUUUCCAGGACGGGUACGGUUUGAUCAGCGAGGCACUGAACUUGCUAAACAACGUGUACGGCGCGAUGCAUCCGGAGAACGCCCAGUGCCUGCGCAUGUUGGCCCGUCUCAGCUACAUCAUGGGUGACCCUCAGGAGGCUUUGGCCAUUCAGCAGCGUGCCGUGUUGAUGAGCGAACGAGUAAACGGUAUCGAUCAUCCGUACACAAUUUCGGAAUAUGCUCACCUUGCAUUAUACUGUUUCGCCAACAGUCAAAUCAGUACCGCACUGAAGUUGCUGUAUCGUGCCCGAUAUCUGGCCACGAUCGUAUGUGGUGAGAAUCAUCCCGACAUCGCUCUGAUGGAUAGCAACAUCAGCUUGAUUCUGCACGCUGUCGGUGAAUAUGAGCUGUCGCUUCGCUUCCUGGAGCAUGCCCUCACCCUCAACAUCCGCUACUAUGGCGAAAAGUCGCUUAAGGUAGCCGUCAGCUACCAUCUGGUGGCACGAACACAAAGCUGUAUGGGUGACUUCCGGUCAGCACUAGUGAACGAAAAGGAAACAUAUGCCAUAUACAAGCAGCAGCUUGGAGAAACGCACGAAAAGACACAAGAAUCGUCCGAAUGCCUUCGUCACCUGACGCAGCAGGCCGUCGUGUUGCAGAAGAAGAUGAUAUGUGCCAACGGGAAGCUGCUGAGCACUGGGCUUCCUCCGAUUCACAUUCAACCACCGUCGAUGGGCUCGGUGCUAGAUAUGCUGAACGCAAUUAACGGCAUAAUUUUCGUACAAAUUAGUUCCAAAGAAAUUGCCAACUUCAAAAGUGAAAUCGAAAAGCGACAAAAGGAGGCAGGCCAAAGCCAGCAGCCAGCUCCUUCAUCGCCGUCGACGGUACAGGCAAACCAGGAGGAGGUCGAUCAAAUGUUGAUGGAAACGAUGCAGAAAACUGCCGCCGGUAUUCCGUUCGAAGAGCAGCAGCUAGGGGAGGAGCAGAAUAAGAAGGAACCGGUUGCCUCGAAGGCCACCGAGCCGACAUCUUCGAGCUGAAACAACAUUCACCUAGCUACCGUUCCCUUGAUCAUUACGGUUUGUGUAAGCACCACCUAAUUGUUGGAAGGAUUUUUCAACCGCGUCGGAAAAGUUAGGAGCAUCAUUUACCAUGGUUCAGAAUAUGCCCUUCCCAAUGUUCUACUGCACACUACGUAUUUGAACUCUUUUUUGUCCGCUUCCCUUCAUUUACCCACCCUGAAAGCAUAAUCACAUUCAACCCUGCCUAUCUUACAUGAACGAACCGGCCUUCGUUUAUCUCAUUGACGUGAAUAACUGUUUUCGCGGACGAGUUUUCAGCGCAAACAUCUAUGAAUUAAUCGUAAAUCCUCCUCAUUUCCUUAGUUUUUCUCUUUGUCAGGUAGCAUUUAGUGAAUGUAGAAUAGGUUUUUGUUUGUAGUUGCUGUGUGACUCACCGUAAUCAGUGCAUCAUUAUCCGGUAGCCACAGCUGCUUUUGCUCUUUACAUAGGUAUAGGUUUCGUGGUGGUUUCCAUACCGCGGUUCACGUUCGUUUCUUCAUUCCUUCCUUAGGAAGCACAAGCUGCAAUGCUGUUGAAAAUUACCACUUGCCACAAGGAAUUGAAACAAAAGCACACACAAAACGGUAAAUAAAAAACAACCCAGUGGAGCGUAGCUUACAUUUCGUUUUGUUUGUUUAGACAAAUUUGGUUUAUUAAAGUUCCUCACAAAUGCCAAGCAUGAGCUGCAAACACGUGUCCAAGAAUGGGUGGACUAAUGCUAAUCGAAGCCAAGUAAAACUGAUCGAACUUACAAGAUACCCCAGGAAGUCAACAGAGAACUCUAAAAACGCGCACCGUUGGUGGCCCAGAAAUUUAACAAUUAGUUCGUGAGUUUUCGCUCUAGUCAAACCUUGUGACCAAAAAUGAACGCAACCAAACCCCUACCAUUUUCGCUUGGAAUAACCACAUGCCACAACCCGACUUAAGGAGAAUCAACACCGAGAGUAAUGUUGUUCUAAACAUCACAAAAUGCACCGCAAAUCACAACAUAAUACACCCCACCAUAAACCGCAUAAUAGAUCUUAGUUAUAAAAGCAAUAAGUAGUCAAAAGCGCAUAAACUUAUCGCAAUAAGGGACGUGUUGUGUCACGAAAGUGUUCCGAGGAGUUUAGCUAGGCUUUUUGUGAUUAAUCGUCGAAAUGCAUACAUUU